GGCGGUGUGGUGGGGGGGUGGGGGGGAGGGGAGGCCUGCUGGGAGCUCCCGGUUUCAACAUGUCGGACCUGAUCCUUAACGUCACCUUUGGGGUCGUCGAUCGUUCCCGUAAGGUCCCAUCCGGGAACCGUAAACACAAGAGAUUUAUUAAGAGACGCCAAUUAGAACGGAAACGUCAACAGCUCCCAUCUGCCGUUCAAACUAAAGGGGGAGGCCUAAAGAAAUGCGGUGGUAGAGGCCGAAGGAAGAGGAAACGGACAAAGGGCGGAGGGGAACGGGAGGAGAACGGAAAGCAAGGCCCCAAUGGGUCCAUUGGGAACAACGAGGCUUCAACCUGCAGCACCCAGCAAGGAACGAGCACCAAAGGGCCACAAGGAGUUAAUAAAACCCAUAAGGGUUUAAUAGGAUCCUCCGGGUCCCCACCAGCACCCAGCAAGUUGGUGGCUAUCGAUUGUGAAAUGGUGGGCACGGGACCCGGUGGGAGAAACAGUGACUUGGCACGUUGUAGUAUUGUGGGUUAUGAGGGGGAUGUGUUGUAUGAUCGUUACGUGAAACCCUCGGCUCCCAUCGUGGAUUAUAGGACGCGUUGGAGCGGCAUCCGAAAGAAACACAUGGAGAACGCUGUGCCCUUCUGCAAGGCACAGAGGGAGAUCCUGAAGAUCCUCUCUGGAAAGGUGGUGGUUGGCCAUGCCAUACACAACGAUUUCAAGGCUCUCAAGUACUCCCACCCAAAAGCACUCACCCGUGACACAUCCAAAAUCCCCUUGUUGAACCGAAAGGGUGGAUUCCCCGAGAACGUCAGCAUCUCCCUAAAGCGCCUCGCCAAGGAACUGCUGCACAAAGAUAUCCAGGUUGGCAAAAGUGGACAUUCUUCAGUGGAGGACGCCAGGACCACCAUGGAGCUAUACAAGAUCGUGGAGGCAGAGUGGGAGCAACACUUGAUGCUGAACUCUGAGCAGUAAUGACUUGCCCCCACAGUCCAGCCCAAACCUCAUGGAUCACAGAGUCAUGAGCCAAUGAGAGAAAGAAUAGGAUUGAGCAGAGGCAGCGAGUGCUGUAUGGCACUCUAGCUCACUGGUAGUGGGGAUAGUGGCAUUACCAACUAAUGACUGUUCUUUCUCCCUACUCUGAGCAUUGCAUGUGCCUUUGUUAUACUGUGCUCUGUACCCCACUAGAGAUGUGGGGAGAACAGGGGCCACCUGUGCCUUCUGGGGGUCUAUCCAGUCCCAGAGCAGUUCUGGGCUGUCAGAGCCCUGUGGGACCCCAGUCACAUUGGGGUGCCCAAGCCUGGCUAUACCAGGAAGAACAUUCCUGUGAGGGGCAGCCGGAAGACCCUUGUAGAUGGGUUCUGCCCAGCUGUGGGCAGAGAGGAGACAGGGGCAGCACUGGGACCGCACCAGGUUCAUCCUGAGCACAUAUCCCAACCCAAGGAACAACCCCUCAUUGUCCUCAGCCCAGUUAUCUCCCAUGUUUCACAACUACCUCUGACAAGGACCAGCUGGUGCCAUUACUGCCAUAUGGGACAGAAACAGGCUGAGGCAGGUCCCGACAGCAGAGAAGUCCCCACACACCUGGAAGCUGCUCCAUCAUGGGAUUUGAGUGCUGUCUUCCUCUUUGCGUAAGUGCUGCUGCGGGGGCUGAGGCGGGAUCACUGUUGCCAUCUGUCUCUGCCACCGGGGACGCUGUGUCCUUUACAGACACCUCUAAACACCGACGUGUAUUUGUUUGCUGAGCUCUUGAAUGUGCCCUGAGAUCUCGGUCUGCUCUGGUUAACCCACCGUGGAGCUGCUUUGAAGUGAAAUGUUUAUGUUCAAAAAUGCCCAUUAAAAAGAAAUGAUUAACAAGCCCUUCCUUUCGGCUGCAGGGCCCUAGGGAAGGUGCUUAGCCCCGAGUGCACAGGAAGCAGUGCAGCCUGCAGCCUUGGGGUAUAUAACGACCAUGUCUAUCCCCCUGUGUUCCAAAUUGCCAAGCAUGGCUGCGUAAGGAGCAACAGGGGAAGCAGGAGGCACUUCCCACAUCUCCAACUUGAAGGCUCUGCAUGAAAUCUUGAUGUUGUUUGAAAUCAAAGCAGUUCAGGAGGGGGCUGGGGAAGAGCUUGCAGAGGAGCAGGCACCAGCUUCAACAGGUCAAUCCCAAGGUGUGUUGACCAGGCACAGGGUGCUCCCCCACCUUUAAAUCUUGUUUCUUGUGAGCCCAUUUUGCAGUCAGGGCUGCACAGUCAAUGGAGAGGUACCCAUGCCUCAUGCAGAGCAGCAGAGCUCUGUUCUCCUGGGCUCCAAGCAGACCCUUGGAGCAUGGAGUGACUGCUGUCAGAUGUCACCUCCCACCUGUCAGCAGCUGCUUUGCACUGAUCUUUCUUUCACUUCUUCAUGCCCAGGUAUGAGCCAGCCCUGCAAAGUUCCAGCACUGCUGAGACCAGCGUGCAAAGCCCAGGCUUCCUCCCCUUACUUUGGGUUGUAUGGACAGAGCUGUCCCCAGCUGGGGACCCCUCAUCUGCACCUGAGCCCUGUCGUGGGAUUAGAGGAGCAGAGGAACUUAGGGAACAAAAUGGGUCCUGCUGGGCUUAAUUUAGGUUAUGCUCUCUUCUUCUUAACAGUAAGAUGAAAACACACUGGCACUGUCCCUCUCUGCUGGACAGAGUGGGCUGGGAACCAACUGGAUCUUACCCUUGAGCCCCCUACUGCUGCUAUUCCCUUGGCCAUGGGCUCUGCCCACCCAGAGUCCUGCUGGGAUGGCAGCAGGAGAGAGCUUCAACCCUCACUCCCUUCCCUGCAUGAAGAGUGGGGCAGCCAAAACCAACAUGCCCAGCCCAGCCUGUUAUCCCUGUGCACCUCCUCCAUCACUACAGCUCCAGCUGGUGGGCGCUGCCGGAAUGGUGUCGGUGCUGAGCAGACCAUGGGGAGCUCAGCCAGCCUGGCCGGUGCAUCUCAAUGCGUAACUGGACGCGACGGUUCUGAAUGCACGUCACAUUUUCCAGUGUUUUUUGGGGGUGUUUAUUCCUUUAUGCUCAGCUCUCAGCAUGUCCCAGGCAGGGAUAAGGGGUGGGAGAGACAAUCGUGGCCGGAAUAAAGCACUUCCCAACCUCCA